AUGACGUGCAGCAACCAGAAUACAGACAAGAGUGACCUUGCCUGGCCAACAGGGAAAGUCCGCCUGCAUGAUCAGGAUUGAAUCAACUUGUAUUUUUCGAGACUGGAACAACGAAAGGCAUUUCCUGAGGAACUGCAGGGAUGAGCAGCAUGAAAGGACAACAGUGGAGGACAUGUGGAACUUUAGUAGUGUUCUUUAUUUUUCAAGUUCAAAUUUUUGGUUUCGAUGCUGACAAUCAACCUGCAACAGACAUCUGUUCGACACACACCAUUUUACCUGGACCAAAAGGGGAUGACGGUGAAAAAGGAGAUCAAGGGGAGGUUGGAAAACAUGGAAAAGUAGGCCCCAAAGGACCAAGAGGAAACAAAGGAGCAGUGGGGGAUAGUGGGGAUCAGGGAAUGACUGGGAAAAUUGGCCCAAUUGGUGGCAAAGGUGACAAAGGAGUCAAAGGUUUAUCUGGGGUGUCUGGAGGGAAGGGAAAAGCAGGCACAGUCUGUGACUGUGGGAGAUACCGCAAAGUUGUUGGACAACUGGAUAUUAAUGUUGCUCGACUCAAGACAUCCAUGAAAUUUGUCAAAAAUGUAAUAGCAGGAAUCAGGGAAACAGAUGAGAAAUUCUAUUACAUUGUCCAAGAAGAAAAGAGCUACAAGGAGGCCAUGACCCACUGCAGGAUCAGAGGGGGGAUGCUGGCAAUGCCGAAGGAUGAGGCAACCAAUGCACUGAUUGCCGACUACAUCUCCAAGAGCGGCCUCUUCCGCGUGUUCAUUGGGGUGAAUGAUAUGGAAAAGGAAGGGCAGUUCAUGUAUGUGGACAACACCCCACUGCAGAAUUACAGCAACUGGAAGGAAGGGGAGCCGAAGGACGUGUCUGUGCAUGAGGACUGUGUGGAAAUGCUCAGCACGGGAGAGUGGAAUGAUUCAGAGUGCCAUUUGGCUAUCUACUUUGUUUGUGAAUUCAAGAAGAGAAAAUAAAAUGCCAGAGUGCUUGCCAGGCAGCUUCUGGACAUGGAAUAAUUCCUCCUGAUUUAUCCGUUAGAGCUGACGCCCUGGGCAGGGCUAAGAGAGAUAGGGCCUGAUGCUGCACUCACAUACACUGGUGUAAAGCAGGAGUAACUAUGUUUACGUCAGUGGCGUUACACUGGUGCACGUGGAGUCAGAAUCAGGCCUGCAGAGGGCUUCCUAGCUUCCCAACUCAUGGGGAAUCUCAGUGAUUUGUGGUUUAAAGUUCUUGGGCUAAAUUUAGAACCAGCAUGAGUGAGUCUGACUCCACUGAUGGAGCAACAGUAUGUGAAUAAUGGGGAAAGUAACUGGUUGAACAGCUUAUUGAAAUGUUGCAAAACUCCACCGAGGGAGAGAGUGUGGCUUUUAGCCACACCAGCACUGCACUGGGGGUGGUGCACAACCACAAUGCUCCACAGGCAGCACCAGGUGGUAGGCUGCACCAGGGAGGCACAAUAUUUUCUGCAGCUCCCUGGUUGUGUUCGAGAGUGGAGGCGUACUGUGCAACGUCCCUUUAAGAGCUGCCCAAACCCUAUUCUCCUGCCCCUGUGGUGCCUGGAUGGAUAUAUUGGCUGGCAUGGAGCAUCGCUCCACCUGCUCCCCACUUCUCCCUGCCCAGUUGUUCUGAGAUAGUGGUUACCAGGCCUGGGACUCCAGGGGGUGCUGGACCACUGCAAUGUUCAGCCUUUUUCUUUCUCCAGGGGUUGGCUGGCUGUGGGUUUUGUUGGUUUGGUUUUUGGGUUGGGUUUUUUUAAUUCAGCCACUUGGGGGAUGGGAGGUGAGCACCAAAAAUGUUUUCUGGUCAGCUACCUGGCUAGGGCUGCUCCUGCUUGCAUGAGCAAGUGGUCAGCAAUGAAAGCGAAGGCUUUGCUAUCCGAUCCCAGCUAUUUAUUAUUCUACUUGGGCAUUUACCGAAGAGGCCAGAUUUUGAUACCCUUGCUGGUGCUUCCUCCCUGAGUACUCCUGGCGAAGUCAUUGGGGAUGCUCC